AUGUCGUCCUCCUCUCAAGUAACAACCUAUCAGGACCACAACAAUAAACGCACUGCUCAGGAAAAUCAAGAUUUGAUGGAUUUGGUCAAGAAAACCAACACAAAAGAAGAAACUAAAUUACAAAAGUUACAUAAAGCAGCAGGUGCUUCCGAUGUGAGCAAAUGUCCCUAUCAUCGAACCAUGAAUUUUGUGAAGGGUGCUUUCGGAAUGGGACCAAAGAAGACAAAGGAAGAAGAAACAGAUCCCAACAAGAAGAAGGAAGAAAAGAAAGAAGAAGAAGAAAAGGGAUGGUGUCUCGUCAUGUAA